UACCGUGCGAAUACAAAUGGUUGUUUACCUAAAGGUUCACAAUUUUGAUUACUAAAGAAUUAAAAGGUUCCAGUAAUUGUCUUUUCUUUUUAUUCUUCUCUUUGAAUGGAAUUAGCCACCUAACUCUUGUGGUAUUCCUGGUCUACUCAAGAAUGAUAUUCUACUCGUGAUUCAAAAUCGGAGUAGCCGGUAAAUGGAAGCCAAAAUCUGAAUUAUGAAUCUCUGCAAAAUCCUGGGCAAAAUCGUUCGAUGCAAAAAGCAUACUCAUCAAUGGACGUUUCCAACCUCCAAUCUAGAUCUUCCACCUCCUACAUUCCACCCCAUCGCACCCAGCUUCACCCUCGCAUGCACCUCUUCUCCCCUGCUCCCCCUAAUCCUAAACCUUCCCAUUCCCAAACCAAAUGGCUCCUCCUCUUCGCUUCCCUCUUCACCCUUCCUUUCCUCUUCUACCUCUUCAACACUGCCCAGAAGAUCCACAAAUCCUCCAAAUUCUCCGAGCCCAAAUCCACAUUCUUCGGCGUGGUGAUCAAUGCCGGCUCCACAGGUUCCCGCGUCCGCGUGUUCCAGUUCCUAGGUGAGGGCCGGAUCCCGCUCAUGGACGGGACUGGGUCGAGCUCCAUGAAGAUCCGGCCGGGGCUCGCUGGAUUCGCCGACGACCCAGAGGUCUCCGGGGAAUCAAUUGGAAAGUUGAUCAGGUUUGCGAGGCGUCGCGUCCCGAGGAAGGAGUGGAGCAACACUAAGAUCCAGUUGAUGGCGAUUGCGGAGUUGGAGAAUUUGGGUACGGAGCUUAGGGAGAAGAUUAUGGAGUCGUGUAGACGGGCUUUGAGGUCAUCGGGGUUUCUGUUUAAGGACGAGUGGGCGCGUAUCAUUCGAGGUGAAGAAGAAGGUUUUUAUGCCUGGGUUGCGGCAAACUAUGCUUUGGGAACCUUGGGAGGUGAACCUCGUGAAACCACAGGGAUAGUUGAACUUGGUGGAGCUUCUUUGCAGGUUACAUUUGCUACAAAAGAAACAGAACGACUACAAUCUACAAGAUUUGUCAAACUGUCUGGAGUUAUUUAUUAUCUCUACACUCAAAGCUUUCCGAAAUUUGGUCAGGAUGCUGCUUGGGAAUCAUUUCAUGAGGCUCACAAUUCAAGACAACUGGCAUCAUUUUCAACUUCUAGUGAUGGCAUUGCUGUUAACCCCUGCAUUCCCAAAGGAUAUAAGUUAUCCUUGAAUGCCAGCCAUGCAAACCUUUUGGAUCUGCAUCCGGCUGGAAACUUUUCUGCAUGCAGAUAUGAGGCACUGGCAUUGUUGAAGAGAAAAGAAGAUAAAUGCUUGCAGCUGCCUUGCAAAAUUGUUUCAUCUAUCUUUUCUGAGUUACCAGGCAAGCCAAUUUCUUCGGAAAACUUCUUAUUUACUUCUGAGUUUUUUGGGCUCUUUCCUACGGCAUCUUUGUUGGGGUUGGAGGCAGCUGGUCAACACUAUUGUGAAGAUGAUUGGAGUAAGCUGAGAAUUCAGCAUCGUUAUAUUGAUGACUUGGAUUUGUCAAGAUACUGCUUCUCUUCAGCGUAUAUGAUGGCACUAUUGCAUGACAGCCUUGGAAUCCCUAUGACUGAAAAGAGGGUUGGAUUUGCAAAUCACACUGGAAGCAUUCCCCUCGACUGGACGCUUGGAGCUUUCAUCAGCGAAACAAUGUCAGAGCCACUCCAGUUGGAACCUGGUAGCCUGGGCCAGAUUGUUGGAAAUGAAUCAGUCACAUACUUCUCCUUGUUUGCAUUUCUAUUAAUAGCUGUACUUGCCACAUUCUUUGUACUUCGAUGGCGGAAACCACAAUUAAAGACUAUCUAUGAUCUAGAGAAAGGGCGCUAUAUUGUCACUCGUGUCCCUAGGUAACUAUCCACCCAACUUUUUUCUACUCUUUGUUCAUUUGGAAGGAAUCUCUGUAAAUUCAUUAGAAAAUUUAUGAGAGCACCAUAGCACCAAUGAGUUUUAUUGCUUGAAAAGACCACAAUGUCCACAAUAUACAGGGAUAACUGCAAGGCACUCACUCCCUUAUGAUUUUGUAAUGAUAGUAAUGCAUUAUUGCCGAAA